GCAAACUGCACCACCCGACUCCCCCGCGACCACGCCUCCUUCGUUCUCAACGGCCAGGGUCUCCUCUUCCUCUACACCGGCGACACACCCGACAACUUUGAAGCCCAGCAGAUCUUCGUCGACCGCUCCGGCAUGGGCCAGGGUAACAUCCAAUACGGCACCGGUCUCCCUCUACAGAUUGGCAAAAACCAGGAGUUGGGUCCUUUCAAGAUCACCGAGACGAGCGACUUGGUCUUUGAUAACGGCAAUGGUGCUGUUACGGCGUUCCAGGCUUGCCCCCCGGCUGACGGGGACAAGUUGACAGGAUGGAAGGUCUGGCUCGCGGGCAAUGACAAGCCGGCUGGUAGUGAGGGUUGUGUUGGGCUGAAUGCUAGGGCUGUCAAGGAGACGAAGCCUGAGGCUUGCGAGUACUCUGUUUACAACGCU